CUCCCACUCUGGGUUGAGUGGAUCCCUGGGCACUGAGAGCUUCUCCAACGAAAAACGCGACUCGAGCUACUCGUCCGUGUAUAGCGAGGCAAGCGGGCGCUACGCCGUCGCCACGCCCGCCGGCGCCUUGCUUUGGGACAGCAAGGAUGCCGAGCCGGAUGACUACCUGACCCGAAACGCGACGCCAAGCUGGACCGCCACUGCACCAUCUUUUCGAUGCGUGGGAUCCUCAACGUCGCUGCGCUGCUUGUGCUUGUCUGCGGCCUGCUAGCCCUCUUUGCAGGGUAUCCGAUCAUUGCACAUUUUGUCCACAAGUCUGCCGGAACACUGGGCGGCUUUGGCCUCGGCGGCACCAACGGCACCGGCCAGGUCGCUUUCCUCAAUGGGCUGCGGAAUCUCAUCGACGAAGACACCAAAGAAGCGGACAAGACCUGGACUUCGGGCACGAACGGCAACAAGUACCAGCUCGUCUUCUCGGACGAGUUCCAGCAGGAAGGUCGUACCUUUUGGCCUGGAGACGACCCAUUCUGGGAAGCCGUCGACAUCUGGUACGGCGCGACGGGCGACUACGAGUGGUACUCUCCCGAGGCGAUCAACACGACUGGAGGCGCGCUUCAGAUUGUCAUGCGCCAAAAGGAGACGCACAACCUAAACUUUCAGAGCGGCAUGCUCCAGAGCUGGAAUAAGUUCUGCUUCCAAGGCGGAUAUAUUGAGAUGGCCGUGCAGCUGCCCGGCAGACAGGACACGCGUGGUUUCUGGCCCGGUCUUUGGACGAUGGGCAACCUCGGCCGGCCAGGCUACCUUGGCAGCACAGAGGGCAUGUGGCCGUACUCGUACGACUCGUGCGACUAUGGGACCUUGCCAAACCAGACGAACCCGCAGGGGACGGGUCCGCCGCGCGUGUUAAACGCGCAGGGGCCGUACAGCAAGAACUACGACAACAAGCUUUCGUACCUGCCCGGCCAGCGCGCCAGUGCGUGCACCUGCGCGGGAGAGGACCAUCCGGGCCCCAGCCAUGACGUCGGACGCGCUUCGCCAGAGAUCGACAUUCUCGAGGCCCAGAACACGCAUAGCAUUGGAGAGGCCAGUCAGUCGCUGCAGACGGCGCCGUUCGAUCCUGAUUACGCGUGGGACGAAACAGCCGCCACAUUCUACGGAACCGCUAAAGCAAACUCAUACACCGGCUCCGUCUACCAAGAGGCCGUCUCGGGCAUCUCGAACAUCCCGGCGGACUCAUACCAUGAUGCUGCUGGAGCGCGCUUUGUUACGUACGGCUUUGAAUACCAGCCGGACUGGAACAAAGACGGCAGCGGCUGGAUCACAUGGUACAUGGAUGGCAAAAAGACCUGGACUGUCACAUCCGACUCGGUCCCUGCACGAACCGACAUCAACAUUGCGCGGAGGUUGAUCCCAACGGAGCCCAUGUCGAUCAUCAUCAACCUUGGCAUUUCGUCCGGCUUCCAAGCGGUUCACUGGGAUGAGCUCGAUUUUCCAGGGAUCAUGCUCGUCGACUACGUCCGGGUCUACCAGCUCGCUGGGACGGAGUCAAAGACGAGUUGCGACCCGCCGGACCACCCGACGGCCCAGUACAUCGAAGACCACCCUGAUGUGUACACGAACCCCAACUACACCAUCUGGCCUCGCGAUCGGUACCCAUGGCCCAAGAACAGGCUGGUCAACGUGUGCUAGCUGGCUGGUUCGCCAGACAUCGUACAGUCGGGCAUUGCGAUGUCAAAACACGAUAUCGACACAACGGACAGUCACAACUACGGAC